CUAGUCCUACCCAACCACUUCCUUCCGGUAAAAAGUGAAAGAAGGAAAAUGCCGAGUAAGAAAAAGAAAUACAAUGCAAGAUUUCCGCCGGCACGAAUUAAGAAGAUCAUGCAGACGGAUGAGGACGUUGGAAAAGUUGCAGCUGCAGUGCCUGUAAUCAUUUCGAGAGCACUGGAACUGUUUAUUGAUUCUCUAAUUGAAAAGACAGCAACAGUUACAAGAGCGAAAAAUGCCAAGACACUUUCUUCAUCUCAUGUGAAGCAGGCAAUACAUUCCGAGAAGACGUUUGAUUUCCUGAGAGACCUGGUGAAGAAUGUACCGGACCACCAGACAGAGGAAGAAGUGGAUACCGCUGCACCGUCCUCUAGUGGAGCAGUGGAGAAGAAACCCAAAGUUCAAAGACCAAGAAAGCCCCGUGAAGAAGGAGCUAGAGGUCGUGGUAGACCCAGGAAGGUGAAGGUUGAAGAAAAGAAGGACUCUGCGUCUGAAGUGAGUGAUGAGGAGACAGAGACAGAUGAGGAGCAGACGGCGGACGAAGAUUCCCGACAUUCACAGCAGUAUGCCCAAACUCAAAUUACGCCCCAGGGACAAUGCAGCACUCCAGUAGCUGCCCAGGGAGAGUGCAGCUCACAAAUGAUACCUCCUGGACAGUAUGAUACACAGGUCACACCUCAAGGACAAUGUAGUACUCAAAUGUUACCCCAAGGACAGUUUAACACACAAAUGUUACACCAAGGACAAUUUGGUGCUCCAGUGGCACCUCAGGGACAGUGUAGUCCCCUAAUCCCACCCCAAGCACAGAGUACCAAUAGUAGAGACAAUUCGCCCCCAGGAACAUCUAUGCAACAAGAUCCUCAACAGGGAUCUUCAGCAGGAACAACCCAAACACAGAAUUCACCUUCAUUGUCUGUGCAGAGCCCACCACAGCCCAAGAUCCAUGUCGAAGCAUCUCCAGUGAUAUCUAAUAUACAAGGGGAGACAACAAGUUCACAACAUCCUGCACAAUCUCAGAGCCAGCCUAGGAUGCCAAUGCCACAACAGUUUCCCCCUGCAGGCUUUCCAAUGCGUAACAUGGUUUUUCCACAAUAUCCUUUCAUGGCCGGAGGACAGCCUUUACCAUAUAUUCAUCCACAGCCCAAUAUGGGCCCAUUACCAAGCUCAAGUGUAGGGUCCAACCCAAUACCACAGACUACAGGAACUAUACCACCUCAGUUUAUACCAGGUCAUCCGGCUUACAUGAUGCCACAGAUGGGGCCAAACGGUCCAAUGCUCCCCAUGGUUCCAGGAAUGCCAGUUGGACCACCCCCACCGCUUGUUCCGAUAAGCACAGUAAAGAAUAACCAGGACAGUGAUGGAGACUCCAAUGUCCCAUUAGACAUGUCCAUAGCAGGAAAAUCAAGAUCUCAGGCUUCAACAGUGCAGAACCCACCAGCAUCUUUGUCUAAGAUUCCCACACCACUCGGUAUGCCCCCUCUUACUCAACAUGGCUUUAUGCCAUCUCCACAUCCAGAAUUGCCUCAGUUUCCCCACCCACAAGGAUUUCCACAUUGGAGAAUGAAUAGUCAAAUUAAUCAAAACUUUCAGGAGACUGGUUUUAGAUCUCAAAUUUCGGGACCACCGCCAUUAGUUAGUUCAACAGUGACACAGUCUACUGCCACAGUUAAAGAAAAUGGCAAACAUAAACAGAAUGAUGACUCAGCAGAAAUUGUGGGAAAAAAGUCAAAACAGAAAAACACCGCAGAAAAUCCUGGCGAAGAUAAAACUGUAUCAUUCCCAGGUCUGGCAAACAUUAUGAAUCUGAAACCUGUGAAAACUGUUCAAAAUAAUGAUGAUGAUGACUAUGAUACUUGAAGUUUGCUGUUUGAAAAUAUCUGAAAAGCUUUAUUGAAGAUCUGAUUGUGAAAUGUCAGUGCUAGUGUUGUAGUGUGGAAUUCUUCUGAAACAGUUUGCUAGAAGUCUGCAGACGGCAAGUCAUUUUUAAAAGAUUUAUAACGUUUGUUACAGAAGAAGAAAGCCUGAAUCAUGUUUAUGUUGUAUGAAACUUGUAUUUUUAAUGUGUUGAGUAUGUUUAUAGCUUUAAGUAAGUUGAAGAAUAUAUUCUGACUAUGAGUCAGUCACUUACAUUUUAAUUUUGGUAUGAGGAGAAUUAUACCAUAUGUGUUAGAACUGUUAUAUGCUGCUGUGAAGAUGAAAGUUUAAAAUGUGCUAUGUUGUAUAUGUAUAAAUGAAUUAUUAUGAUGCAUAAUACAAUUUUUGUUUAUUUGGAGUGCCAGAAGCAAAAUGUUGCCACAAACUCUGCUUCUCAUUUUAUUUUAAGACAGUAAAUAGAGUGACAUUGCAAUGUUUCAGAGAUGUGAGAUUUUUCAGAAAAAAAUGUGACUAAAUAACUAUACAAUAAGAUAUGAAACCCAGCUAUCAAGGGAUUUUAUUUUUAUCCAGUUUUCUGUAAAAGAUAUAUAAAAUAAAUGAUACAUAAAUCUACUAGCAUAAUAAAGUCUGGAAAUAUUAUGUCUCUACUAGACUAAAAAAAGGGGGCCUUGUGGCUGAAAGAUUACGGUUCUGGACUGAAUCACUUGCCCCUCAUCGAUGUAAUUUCGAAACAUUGCUGGACUGUAGAAUUCUUUUAUAUAAGGAACCAUCUAGCUGGCAUACAGAAAGGUCAGUAGUUCUUCCCCAACCUCCUUGCCGAAAUAUAGUCAGUCAUCCCUGUCACCAAGCCCUUGACAGUAGUAAAACUGUGUGAUAGUAAAAUGGUGACAUGCUUGGUGACAUAUGGUAAAUCAAAUGAUUGGCCAAAAUAUGCAUGCAAAUUGUCACUUGUGGCACAGCCUGUAAGAACAUGAUGGCAGUAUUCAGUGCUUAUGUUUUGCUGUAAGCAAUUUGUCAUAUUCUCUUGACAGCUCAAAAAACUUCCACAUAAUAUAGUCGUUCACAAUGCCAGAAAAGGAAGUUAAUAUAGUGUUUAUUGUUUUACUUUUUAUUAGCUCACCUAGCACAAAGUGCUCAAGGUGAGCUAAUGUGAUCACCCUGUGUCUGGAGCCGUCCACUGUGUGUCAUCCUUCGUCAACAAUUUGACUGUUAACAUGUCACAGCUUUGGCCAGAUCUUAAUGGAACUUGGUCAGAAUGUUACCUUCAAUAAAAUCUGGGACGAGUUUGUUCCUGGGUAAACCAAGUUAAAAAACUAGGUCAGUUAAUAGGAAAACCUUGUUUACACUCUAGAGGCCACAUUUUUUUUACCUCAUCUUGAUAAAACUUUGUCAGAAUGUUUGUCUUUAUUGAAUUUAGGUCAGGUUUGAAACUGGGUUAUCUGAGAUGUUAAACUAGGUCAUGAGGUCAACUCAUAGAAAAAAAACAUUGAGACUCUGCCACAAUUUCUACUUGAUUAUCAUAAAUUUUUGUCGUAAUGAUUUGUCUCCAUGAAAUAUAGAAUAAAUUUGAAAUUGGAUUACCUGAGAACAAAAACUAGGUCACAAGGUCAAAUCAUAGAAUAACCUUGUUAACACUCUUUGACUUUUUGACUUUAUCUUCAUAUUUUAUAAUGUUUGUCUCUACGAAUUUUAGGUUUAAGUUUUAACUGUUUUACCUGAGGUCAAAAACUAGAUCACUAGGUCAAAUCAUAGUAGAACCUUAUUAACACUGUAGUCUCAGGCCACAUUUUUCAUUUGAUCUUUAUAAUAACAAAAAUGUCAACAUAUUUGUCUCUUUGAAAUAAAGGUCAAGUUCAGAACUGGGUUACCUGAGAUCUUUAACUAGGUCAAUAGGUCAAAUCAUGGAAAAAUCUUGUUAACACUGUAGUUUUUAUUGAACUGCUUAUAGGAUUUACAACAAACCUGGUCCAGCAAGGUCAAGGUUCUCUUCAGAUGAGCGAACUAGGCCAAAAUGGGCCACCAUUUAUUAUUUGUAUUAUUAGGAAAACAUAUACAUGUAACUACUGAAAUAUUGACUAUGUACAACAAAAUUCAAAAAUAAAAAUUUAACUAGACCGAAAUUCAGUCCAAUUUAUGCAUGAUGGCAUUGUCUACAGGUAAGGUGUAACACAGUUUUGGAGUUUGGUUCUACCCAGGUGCCUGACCGUGUCUGAAUUAAUGCCUGAUGGGGCACCUGGUGCUAACUUCAUAGUGAAGAGCUGGAAAAUUGUCAUAUGACCUAUAAUUUUGUCGGUUUGACAUUAAACCAGCAAAAAUAAAACUGACUAAUUUGCAUUGUUAUUAGAUUAGUAAGCCAUAAAAAUUGCAUUAAAGUAAAUUUGUGCAGGGAUGUAAGUAAAAACAAAAUAGGUAUUUACAUUUGUUGUUCAUAUACUUGUAUUUUCUAAUUUUGGAAUACUCCUUAAAAAGUAAUAAAUUUCCUUUUGUGAAUUGUGUGUAUGUUUUGCCUAUUUUCUGGUGUUUUAGUAGUUGAUUACUAACUUCGAUGAAAAUGAAAAAACAGAUUUGAGCAUUUCUGCAACUUAAGUUUUGAAAAUAUUGUUAAUGUUUGAUUAGAGAGAAAAAUAAUUUUUAUACAGAAUAAUGUAGGGCAUAGUUAAAGUUAGAGGAUUUGUUUAUUUUUGAUAUCAAGUUUUGCCAUUGUAAAUGGUGAUGUUCUGUUUGUAUUUAACUUUUUAUUGGCGAGUGUACUUCAAGGUAGUUCCUCUGUAUUGACAGUCAGCAAUUUCAGUUAAACUAUAAACUUUAAAAACUGGUAGCAACAAAUAUUGUGAUAUUUUUGUUAAAAAAUUGAUUAAACGAAGUUUAUUUAUCUGUCUGUAUAAAGUUAAUACUCAAAAUUUUAUCUGAAUGACACAAAAUCGAUGUCAAGGCUCGUGUUUGUUUUUUUAGGCCCCCACCCCCCACAUUGUCAGUCAGUUUGUAACUUUGUGAUCCGUCAAGAGAUAUUACUCGACACAAAUGUUCCCCAUAGACUAUGUGUCAUGCACAAGCCCCGUCAAGGUCAUACUUGGAAGUCAAAGGUCAACAGGGCUUUUUUCCUGUCUGGUCUGUAACUCAACUAUCCAUCCAGGGAUUUCAUAUUACUUGGCACAAAUGUUCCCCACAAUUGGAGGAUGUCAUGUGCAAUAACCGUAGCUCAAAGGUCAAGGUCACACUUUUAUUUCAAAGGUCAGUAGAGUCAGUGUACCCGGUUUCGCACACAUUUCCUAAGAAUUCCUUCCAUUUCUAGCUAAAAAUGAUUCAAUCUGAAUUUACCGCUAUAUGUUUUAAUAAACACACUUAUUUCGGUUUGAAACAUGCUACUUUCACUUCCCACUACAAUGACGUCAUACCUCUUAGUGUACUUGAUACGGAUAACAUAUUUUGACCAGUUAUUGCAUUUAAGUGUACCCGGUUUCGCACACCCUGCUAUUUAUAGAACUCUGUGAUAACAAUGCAGUUACUCAACAGAAAAAUAUUGAUUACCUUUUUUACCAUUUAUAUAAUUCAAUUUAAACAUGUAUUUUCCAAUAAAACACCUGAAAGUGAAAUUUAAAAGCAGUUGUGAAAGUGAAAGCUAGGUACCAAACCCUGUUUUUACUUCUAAAAGCAGAAAAGGCUAAAACAACUGAAUACAUGAAACAAAAAUAAAACAACAGAAGCUGUUGAAUCACAAAAGACCCCCACAAGUCUAAUUAUUCGAUUAAGUUCUCUGUUUUAAUAAAAACGUAAAGCAAACAAACAAGUUGAAGGCAUUUUGCAGGUUGGGAGAAUUUCAAUAACUGUUGAUAGUGAUUUUUCAAUUUAUUUUGCACCUUGCUGUUGUUUGCAUAGUCAUUAUUUUCAUGAAACUUAAUAUUUUUCAGCUUACUUACUGGUCUCCAUUGAUAUUGUUAUUGUUUUCGUCUGCACUUACCAGAACGAGGCUCCAGUGGAGAAGGACCCCUUGUGUCAAAUAAUGUUGGAAAUAACUCAGUUUCGUGAAAUAAUAACAAAGAAUUGUUGAAUUUUCUGCUUUGUGCGAAACCGGGUACAGUGCGAAACCGGGUACACUGACUCUAGCGUUUUUUCUUGUCCAGUCCAUAACACUGUCAUCCUUGAAUUAAUUGUAAUAUUUCUUGGCACAAAUGUGUCAUGCAUACCACCAAGACACAUAUGAUUUGUCAGAUUACCGCCUUUUGUUUUUAGUUCACAAUGAUUAUUGUAAAACAAAUAGAGAAAGUAGAAGAUUAUUUUUAACUCGACACCAAUGCCUUCAUAUUUAAUGAGUACUGGGAUUUCCCCCCACUCUGCAAAUGGUAAAAAAUGCAUUUCUUUUCCCAGUCCAUUUGUUUAUAUGUAUGUUAUAUGAUAUACUUCCACGGACACAAAUAUCACUCAUGUGAGCAAUAUAGAGCCAUCUUGUUACAUACUAUCCAGCACUUGCAGACGAGCAAUGGCACCCUUAGGCGGUGCUCUUGUUCUGUUUUGCCGUUACUUACCUUCAACAUUCUUGGCUGCUUUUUCAGCUUAAACGUUACAUUUACUUAGUCAUAUGGGUAAUCGAAACUUCAAAAUUAAAAAAAAUAAUUUCUACUAAAACCUGUUGAGCUUUACCGAUAUGUAUUUGAUAUGUAAAUAGUAAAGGUCAAAAUUUUUUGAAAAUUUUAGUCAGUGUACAUAUUGUACAUAAUAUGAUCUGUAGAUUGCUACAUGUUAAGGCUAAUUAUGAUAAAGUUCUUUAAAAAGUGCUGAAAUACACUGUGUACAACAUAAUAGGAAUUAUGGGCAACAUUUCAGUGUUCAGUUGUGUAAGAUAUGAUUUGAAAUAUAAGUGUUUGAUUAUUUGUCUUUAUUGGUUUAAGUGCUGUAAAACAUUUGCUCCUCAAAUAUAAUGUAAUAACAAAAAUGUGAAAGAAAUAUUUGUUCUGCAAGGUGAUCCUGUUUUAUAAAGACAGCACACAACUUUUUGUUAACUGAUGCUACAUACCAUAGAUUUUCUUCUUUUUUUAUAAACUUUUUGAUGAGAAAUUUUCAUGUUGAUAAUGUUGUGUAAAAUAUUGUUACAUUGUUACAAGAUGCAAUAAAGUGAUGAACUAUA